AUGAUUCCUAACAAUCAUUCUACUUUUGAAUCGCCAUUACUUCAGCAAUACGACGAUCCUUCCUCUGCGUCUCUCGUGAAUAACAAUAAUAAUGCCUUCUUCACAUCCAUCUCUGUUUCAAACCCUAACGGCGACGUCAUUGCUUUACCGGGACAUGGCGUUCGUUGUAACUCCAGCGGUACGGUGUUUUCCAGUGAACGGCAUGAAAACAACAUGAAACCAGGUGGUUGUGAUGGGGCUGACGUUAACAAUGCUGCAGAUCAGGCUGUGGCACGUGAAGCGAACGCGCCAUCUAGAUGGAGGAAUUACAGAGGCGUGAGGCGGCGGCCGUGGGCAAAGUUUGCGGCGGAGAUCCGGGAUCCGGCAAGGAAUGGUGCGAGAACGUGGUUAGGGACUUACGAGAGGGAAGAGGAUGCAGCUUUGGCUUACGAUAGAGCUGCUUUCAAGAUGAAGGGCAGAAAAGCAAAGCUCAAUUUUCCUCACCUCAUUGGGUCGGAGCCACCACCGUCGGAGCCGACGAGAGUGGUAGGCCACCAGAAGCAGCGACACUCGCCGGAACCUUCAUCACGGUCGAAAGAGAAGGAUGAUGAUGGAUCUCAAGGGUCAGGUAAGAAGAAGAGCCUGGCUGGUCUAUUGAAUAAGUUAGCAACCAAUAGAAACCAAGUUAGAAGCUUGAAAUGAUUGUGUUGAUAAAGGCAUGGCAUAGGUCUUUUCCUCCAUUUUUUUCUCUUCCUAAUUAAACAAAAAAAAUCAUUCAUGUUGGUCAUUGCU